AGGACAUCCAAACCAGUGAGAAGAACUCAUUUUGAGGUGCAAUUCUCGACGGGGACUUUAACAUAAAGGCAAUAUGAUCGAAGGCAAAUGUCACUCGGUAGCUGCUUUGUGGGUUUAUCUCUGGGGAGUAGCGGUGUUCCUCAGCUUGGUGACGACAAAGGAAAUAGUAGGUUCGAGGACCCGUACUCCGCCCAUGUCUCCGUCAGACUUCCUGGACAAGCUGAUGGGAAGGACAUCAGGAUACGAUGCAAGAAUUAGACCCAACUUUAAAGGCCCUCCUGUCAAUGUCACCUGCAACAUAUUUAUCAACAGUUUUGGCUCAAUUGCAGAGACAACCAUGGAUUACCGCCUGAACAUUUUUCUGCGCCAGCAGUGGAACGACCCUCGGCUGGCGUACAGCGAGUACCCUGAUGACUCUCUAGACUUGGACCCAUCAAUGUUGGAUUCAAUUUGGAAACCAGACUUAUUCUUUGCCAAUGAGAAAGGAGCCAACUUCCAUGAGGUGACAACGGACAACAAGUUAUUGAGAAUUUUUAAAAAUGGGAUUGUCCUUUAUUCAAUAAGAUUGACUUUAAUUCUUUCCUGUCCAAUGGAUCUAAAAAAUUUCCCGAUGGAUGUUCAAACCUGCAUAAUGCAAUUGGAGAGCUUUGGCUACACAAUGAAUGAUCUUAUCUUUGAAUGGCAAGAGAACGGGCCAGUGCAGGUUGCCGAAGGACUCACCUUACCACAGUUUCUCCUCAAAGAAGAGAAAGAUUUACGAUACUGCACAAAGCACUACAAUACAGGAAAAUUCACGUGUAUUGAAGUGCGAUUCCAUCUUGAGAGACAAAUGGGUUAUUAUCUAAUUCAGAUGUACAUUCCCAGUCUUCUGAUCGUAAUUCUCUCCUGGGUGUCAUUUUGGAUAAAUAUGGAUGCAGCCCCUGCAAGAGUAGCCCUGGGCAUUACGACAGUGCUCACAAUGACCACACAAAGCUCUGGAUCUCGAGCUUCACUCCCAAAGGUGUCCUAUGUUAAGGCGAUUGAUAUCUGGAUGGCAGUUUGCCUGCUGUUUGUGUUUUCUGCCCUUCUGGAGUACGCAGCUGUUAAUUUUGUGUCAAGACAACACAAAGAGCUACUACGGCUUCAGAGAAGGAAACGGAAGAAUGUUGAGGGGGUGCUUGAUGGAAAUGAAAACAUAGAAACGGUGCGACGUAGCAAUGGCUUGAGAAACAGCGAACCAAUUUACGGGACUCUGGCACAAAUCUACAGUUCAAAUUUCAGGCAAGACGAUGAGGUGAGAGAAAGCCGCUUUAGCUUCACAGCGUACGGGGUGGGACCUUGCCUCCAAUCAAAAGAUGGAGUCGCUCCAAAAGGGGCAAUCAACACAUCCCAACCUGCACCAAAAGGCCAAGAGGAUAUGAGAAAACUCUUCAUUGACAGAGCUAAGAAGAUUGACACAGUAGCACGAGCUGGUUUUCCUUUAGCCUUUUUAAUUUUCAAUAUUUUUUAUUGGGUCAUCUACAAAAUUCUCAGACAUGAGGACAUCCACCAGCAGCAAUAG